GCCUUAUGCGAUAGCCUUUGUACAUGCAAAUGGACUCUUCCUCCUAGCAGUGGUUGUUCAGCUGCUUAAGCGACGUCGUAGAAUACUCCCUGUUCUUUCAUCUGAUGAUGUUAUUAUGGCGAAGGGCCGGCGACUGACAGCGAGUCGGAGCGAACGCUUACUCGGAAGCAGCUACAGCUACAACCAAGGAUCCACGGGAGGAGACGAAUCGGAGCUCGGCGAAGAAGAUGUUUGGUCGAUGGUUGAUGAAGCCGAUCGGAACGAGGUUGUUGUGAACGAUUCACAGAGUGAUUGGAGUGCACGCGCCCCCGCUGAGAGCAACGGGAGUAUUUCUUCCAGGAACCGUCGCCGGAUUCCGCGGGAUGGACGCCACGUAGGUGGACUCUCACUGGCUUUCGAAGAUUCUGGCAAAACAGGAUCGGCAAGGGUGGUGCACAAAAUCCGAGCCCAUGACAGCGUGGAAUCCCCACGUGGAGGCCACCACAUGGCCACGUCUGCACCUAUGAACGUACCGGACUGGAGCAAGAUCUACCGGGUCGGAUCAGUCGAAUCGCUGCCCGACUCGGAUGACAACGGUAUGGAUGAGCGCGACUCGGAGAUGGUGCCACCACACGUAUACUUGGCACGCAGUCGGAAAUCCAGCGGGAUGUCGGUUUUUGAGGGCGUCGGACGGACGCUCAAGGGGCGUGACCUCCGGCGCGUGCGCGAUGCGGUUUGGAGCCAGACCGGGUUCGAUGGGUAAAAUCAUUUGCUAAAGCCCAGACAUUAUUAUUGUUUUUAAUUCCUAUAUAUUAUUAUAUACUAUUUUUCAAUUGAUUGGGCAAUGAUUCGGCCGAGUCGGUCGGUGUUUGUGACUGAGCCAACUCGGCAUUGAGUGAGCUCAAUAGAGCAUUAUGAUUGAUGAAGCCCGGAUUGGGAUCUCCCUGUUCUGCUCUGGAUUUGGGUUGGAAUUUUUCUUACCAGGGAAUCCGUCCAUUUCUGGGUUGUGGCAAUUUGGUAAUUUUGUCAAUUAUAAUUCUUAGCACAAUUUUUGUACUUUUCAUUAGUACCAUGUACCCAAAUUUGCUGUAAUGGCCAAAAAUUGUCUCGAAUUUUAGUUGAAUUUUAUGAA